AGAAAAUUCGCAGCGGCACAUCUUAAUGACGUAGCUAGCUAUGCUAUUGUUUGGUGAAAGCCAGAGACGGGUUAGCAUCUUUGGUGAAACUGGUUGUUCCAAAAAAUCUAUUUAGGCCAAUAUUUCAUUUGGCUGUUUGUAUUGUAUUACUCCUUUUUGUAAUGAACAAAAACAAGGCAAGUGGCGUGUCGUGGGUGAAACCAGCGGAACCGUCCUUUCUGAAGAAGUUUAAAAAAGAUGUUGGUUAUAAAGAAGGACCGACUGUCGAUACUAAGCGCCAGGAGAUGCCAACUCUCGAUGACGACGGGAGUGAUCGAGAGGAUGAGUUACCCCAAGUUGUGGUUCUAAAAGAAGGACACCUGACCGCAGAGGAUGUAAAGAAGAUCAAGGACGAAAUCCAUACUGGUGGUGGCGCAGAGAAAGACGAUGAACCUCCUCCUGAUGGUAAAAUCCUGUUCAAGAAACCAGCCAAGCGCUCCUCCUCAGAUAAAUUCCAGGGCAUCACUGCCAGCUCCAGCAAAAAGAAGAAGAGCGAUGGAGGAGAGGAGGAGUCGGAAGAGAGAAAAUCUGGAAAGAAAGUAAAAAAUAAUAGCCUUCUGUCAUUUGGAGGGGAUGAGGAGGAAGAGGAGGACUAAAUGUUACUGGUGAAAUGUAAGUCUGUAUUUAACCCCUGUGAUGAAAAGGAAUCAAAGUGACAUUUGAAUAAUGGUAAAAUGUUU